AUGCUGCGUUGUAUUGGGCUGUCUUCAGAGUGGGUGGUGGGCACGCGGGCGUAUUGUUCCCCGUCCCGCAGGUUGCUGUCCAAGGGGAAGGGCCACAACCGUCCACGGGUGCCGCUUGCUGCACACCUCGGGUUUGAGGAGAACUACAGAGUGCGGUCGAACAUCGAGUUGUUGAUCCUGGACUACGCGAGGAAGCCGAUCCAGCCGCUGCGGUACGGUUUUCUAUUGAAGUACGCAUCACCGCUGACACCUAACGAACGGUACGUGUUUGGGAUCGAGACGAUGAACUUGCUUUUGGCGUACACAUGCCGGCAACUGAACGCGAUCCAGCGGCUCCCCUACAUAGCGCUUUUGAAUCCGAAGAUCGAGGAGUCCCACUCGUUGUACCUCAACACUUUGCGCUCGCUACUUUCAAACUCGUUCCCCUACGACAUCUACAACGCAAACAAGAUGCUCACUCUGAUGCAAGACUUCCUCGAAAACCACCAGGAUACACUUGUGACUUUGUCCGCUGGACUACAAGAGAUCUCAGAGUACUACGGCCACCGACUCGUCUACGAUUUCCUCAAUGACCAUCUCCGGCACAGGAUCGCCAUGAAACUACUUGCGACGCACUACAUCGCGCUCGUCGACAACAGGGACGCGUCCCCUGGAACCGUCGGUGUCGUGCACAGGGACGUAGACAUCGCCAAACUGAUCACGCACAGCUACGAGUUCGUGGGGGACCUGUGCAACAUGAAGUACGACUCGGCCGUACCACCACUGAACAUCACUUNNNAGGGACACCCAGGAGAGGUGGUCCACUUCUCCUGUAUCCCGACUGUGUUCGAGUAUAUCCUCACUGAGGUGUUGAAGAACGCUGCCCGUGCGCAGAUCGAAGCUGGGGCCUCGCACCACCCUGUCGAGGUCACUCUCUUGCGACCACACGAGACGGAACUGACCCUCCGCGUCUCUGACCGAGGUGGUGGGAUCCCACCGGGAGUCGAGUCCCACAUCUUCGACUACUCCUACACGACCACGACAGAGGCCGCGGACACGGACACCGCUACGGCACAGAUGCAUGCUGGCGAGGCGGUCAAGAGCGUUGCCGGGAUGGGGUUUGGUCUGCCCCUGUGUCGCACGUACCUCGAGCUCUUCGACGGGAAGAUCGACGUGCAGAGUCUCUGGGGACACGGCACGGACGUGUACUUGACCAUGAGGGGACCCGCAGCGGCCGCGUUCCAACGGUGA